AAUUCGGGCCCUAGGAGGAGGAAGCAGAGAGGACCCGGCCGGGUGUUUUGUGACAAAGGCAAGGCCCCAGGUCCACUUAGAGCAAGACAGGUAGAGGAAGCCGCUAACUGGGCUCCCACAUCUCCCCACAAUAUGGAUUAUAAGUCAAGCCUCAUCCAGGAUGGGAACCCCAUGGAGAACUUGGAGAAGCAGCUGAUCUGUCCCAUCUGCCUGGAGAUGUUUACCAAGCCGGUGGUCAUCUUGCCAUGCCAGCACAACCUCUGCCGGAAGUGUGCCAACGACAUCUUCCAGGCCGCAAAUCCCUACUGGACCAACCGAAGUGGCUCAGUGUCCAUGUCCGGAGGCCGUUUCCGCUGCCCCUCCUGCCGCCAUGAGGUGAUCAUGGACCGUCACGGAGUGUAUGGCCUGCAGAGGAAUCUGCUAGUGGAGAACAUCAUUGACAUCUACAAGCAAGAAUGCUCCAGUCGGCCCCUGCAGAAGGGCAACCACCCCAUGUGCAAGGAGCACGAAGACGAGAAAAUCAACAUUUACUGCCUCACGUGCGAGGUGCCCACAUGCUCCAUGUGCAAGGUAUUUGGAGCCCACAAGGCCUGCGAGGUGGCUCCGCUGCAGAGUGUCUUCCAGGGACAAAAGACUGAACUGAGUAACUGUAUCUCCAUGCUGGUGGCAGGGAAUGACCGCGUGCAGACCAUCAUUACUCAGCUGGAGGACUCAUGUCGAGUGACCAAGGAGAACAGUCACCAGGUGAAGGAAGAGCUGAGUCAGAAAUUUGACACACUGUACGCCAUCCUGGACGAGAAGAAAAGUGAGUUGCUGCAGCAGAUCACGCAGGAGCAGGAGGAGAAGCUCAGCUUCAUCGAGGCUCUCAUCCAGCAGUAUCAGGAACAGCUCGACAAGUCCACUAAGCUGGUGGAGACGGCCAUCCAAUCCCUGGACGAACCUGGGGGGGCCACCUUUCUCUUGAGUGCCAAGCAACUCAUCAAAAGCAUUGUGGAAGCUUCCAAGGGCUGCCAGCUAGGGAAGACAGAGCAAGGCUUUGAAAACAUGGACUACUUUACUUUGAACCUAGAACACAUCGCAGACGCCCUGAGGGCCAUCAACUUUGGGACAGAUGAGGAGGAGGAAGAGUUCAAUGAAGAAGAAGAAGAUCAGGAGGAGGAAGAGCCCACAGAACGGAAGCAAGAAGGUCACCAGUAAGGAGCUGAAUGAGCGAUAGACCCUCUAGAGGCAGAGAGAAUGGGGAGGGCAGGGAUGGGCCCAGCUGCUUUGGUGCUGGUCCCGGGGUGGGAGGGGCAAUGAGGAGGUGUGUCUUCUCUCUGCUCUGGGAGCAGACUGUAGAGUAGGACCCUCACUGCUGCGUCCAGCAGCCCCUGAACCAGAAUUGGAAACGUGCUUGAAGCUACCACACAGGACACUUUUGUAUGCUGGUGCAAAACAGAAUAUUUUGUACGUUUUUAAAAUGUGAUUUUUGUAUAUACUUGUAUAUGUAUGCCAACUUGGUGCUUUUUGUAAAGGAACUUUUGUAUGAUAAUGCCUGGUCAUUGUAUGACAGGCGAUUGUCAGAAAGAGGGGAAGGAAGCCAGGUUGAUACAGCUGCCCACUUCCCUUCCUUGGCGGGAGGACUGGGUAGUUCUCACAGGGAUGAUGUACUGUAUUUCAGCGCCUAUCCCUGAUGUAUGGGGUGGUAACUGAGUUUGUGUUAUAUGUUGUUUUAAUAAAUGUACACUGCUUUCUUCCUAUUAUUCAAA